AUUUUUUGAUGGACCAGCAAGAAAGGUCGAAAUGUUAGUUAAUUCGUUAAAUAACCAAAAGCUUCUAAAUCCAGAAGAAUAUUUAUCAUGUAUUCCGCCAGCAGUUAUUUAUCCAGAGAAUGCUAGUCAAUCGAGACGUUCAACAAAUAUUGGAAAAAGGAUCAUUGAAGUCGAAGUUAAAAGGGAUUGUGUUAUAAAAAAGUUGUAUGAAGAUGAAUUUGAUGAAUUAUUUAGAUAUGAAAAUGAACAUUUUAUUGGUCAUGCAAGUGGCAAUUUAAAAAUUGCAUUUCGUCAGCUUUACAACUAUAUGAUUGCAGAUGGAUUGCAAUAUGGAUCAACAACUCUGCCUGUGCUCAAAACUUAUGUAUGCUUAUUAAAUAACCUGACAAGUGUUGAUUCUGAAUCCUCUCAUUCUAAUGUAAUUCCAGAACGAACCAGACAAGAUACCAAAAACCAAAAUUUAGGUUCCAAUAAUCAAAGUUCUAAUCAAAGUCAAAAUUCAGGUUCAG